AGAAAUACACUAGGUUUGCGUUAUCAUGCAUUAACAUAUGUCGAUGUGCUGCGUGAACUACUUUCGCCGGAAGCUCAAUAUGCAUUUACAUGAUGACUGGUUGUAUGUUCGUAGCUGGUUCCCGUGCAAUACCUAUUAUGUGUUGGUAAAAUGAAAUGGGAUAUAUUCGAAAUAAAAUGAAGGAUUUUGACAUCAUCUUAAUCAUACUGAUGUUGGUAAAGAUAGUUUCUUCGGGUUUCACUUGCGAUUCUAGCGCGUCAAGGCCGACUCUAAGUACAGACGCAGAAAUUAUAUCAUAUAUUGGAUUGAGUAUUACGUGCAAUGACAACGACGUCGAAGUUCGCAUGGAUGCGUGUGCAUUACAAACUUUGGGGUAUACCCCUCUGUCAGACUUGGCUGCUGGAAACGCUACGGUGACUACAUUGUACUCUUCAGACGUAGUUGAUAGUUCUUGCAUGGGAAUUGAUGAAGGAAAUAAUAUCAUAUUAUUUCAGUUCAAUAUGUCGUUAUGUUCACCAACGGUUACACUUGAGAAUACGGACUUGGUAUAUACUCAAACCAUACGAAACACCGGGCCAGAAUCAUCAGCCGUAAUCACAAGAGUUGCUCCGUUUGAUAUCUCAUUUACGUGUUCAUUCGCGUCAACCAUGGAUAAAUCUUUGGCUUAUUCAAUAUAUCCUGUUUACUACGGAUCUCCCAUCAGUACUGCAACGCAGCAAGACGAGUAUAUGGUAAUGAUAGCAAUGUUCCAGAAUGAAACAUUCCUUCAUCCUGUAUCGGCUUAUCCUGGUACAUAUCCGAAUAUUGAAGUGGGAGACAAUAUUUAUGUUGGAAUCACUACCCAGACUGGAGAAAAAUAUUUAGCUAUGGAAGCAUCAUAUUGCUGGGCAACGAAUUCACCUAAUAUGGACGAUGCAGACAGAUAUGAUAUAUUAGUAGACGGGUGCACUGAGAAAAGUAGCUUCACACAGUUGUACAAAAACUUCAAAUAUCCCACAGUUGAAUUUGCAUUUCAAUCUUUCUCGUGGUUUGGCUCUGGUAAACAAUCUACGUUGCUGUACGUUCACUGUGAGAUUGCAUUAUGUGAUUGGGUGUUAGAUCAAACAUGUUUACAAAAGUCAUGUUCAGAACGAAGCGCUGCUGAAUACCUAAAAGAUAAAAGAAAAAUCAAAAAAGUUUUUACACUCGGCCCAAUCACCAUACAAACAAAUUCAAGCAAGUGCGCCAAUAACAAAGGUGGAUGUUCUCAUUUUUGUACUUUGGAUGAUAAUGGAAGAAGUCUUUGCCUGUGUCCCAACUACAACAACUGGUAUCUUGGAAAAGAUGGCCAGACCUGUAAAUAUAUCAACAUGCCAAAAGCUGAAGCAUUUUCAUUAAAUCAAGAUUACUCAAGAAAAACGGUGUCGGUUCGUGAAAAAAUACCAAAUAUAUCUGAUCGGUUGGCAUGGAUGACUGUUGUGUUAGUGUUUAUUGCAGGAGGGGUAACAAUAAUGGUAUCUUGUUUAAGAAGAAUACGACGGGGAAAAAGUAAAGGAAGAUUUGACUUAUAAAAAACUGUUGUUAUAUAUUGCCAAAAAAUAUAAUGUUACUCAGAAUGAUUAUAUAAUAACUUUUUUUGUUGCUUUUGGUAUAGAUAGCAAAUCAUUACUACAUAUAGUCUUUUUACUCAAAUUUUAUUUUCAUUUGCGCAAGCGAUGAAAAUUGUUAAUUAAUGCCUUGAUACUAUUGAAUGAAAUAAUUCCAACAAUAUAGUAAAUACUAAUUAGACCAGGGAGGAAGAAACAAAGCUUUUCAUGAAAAUGUCCAAUGAAAACUUGAGCUGAUUCCAAGUUUUAUUAAUCAAAAUCAAGGAAUCAAUCAUUCUUUCUACAAAUUAUAUUCAGCUGAAUUACUACAGAUUUUUUAAUAUACUAUCAUUGCGUGAGUAAUGUGCUCUUUUGUGCUGAUAAGGUGCUAUACAUGAAACUAUAUGACAAACUCGGAAAAAAGCUCCUUGUUUAUUUAUUUUAGAUGACCAUAAUAGAAAAAACAACGCAAUAGGUAUUUCGUAUUGCCCAUCACACAGUGCAUCCAAACCAGCUUGAAGCAGAAUAGAUAGUUCAUUGUAAAAAAUUUCAAAAUAAAAAAGCGCUCGAAAUCUCAGUCAGGAUAAUUUAAAACACUGAUAUCGACACAUUACAACGCAUUCAUAUGUGUAAGACUAAUAAAGUGAUCACAAAAUGAAAAA